UUUACGUGUAAUUAUUUUUGUUCUUUUUUGUCAGCGUGGCUGUAUGAGGCCAAUCAUACGCGUGCUUGACAAGUCCGUAACGUUCCACAAAUACCUGGCGUAUAUGAUCUGUGUUCAGACUCUUAUUCAUGUUGGUGCCCACUGCUUUAACUUCGAGAACCUCACAAUGACUUGGCACGUGAAAGACAAACUACACUUAAAUAACAAGCUGGCCCCUUGCCAUAACUGGUUUCGACCGAUAGUAAAUGGAAGUGUGUAUCCAGUGGCCGAAGCCUUCCAGUCAAUUCCUGCCCUCACAGGUGUCAUUAUCACAUUGGCUCUCAUUCUUAUGGUAUCAUCUUCUACAGAGUUAAUUAGUUCCCUUCACUCGAUGCGACAAUUGUCUAAAAUGAAUAGAGAAAUAGUCAGGAGGUCGUAUUUUGAGGUCUUCUGGUAUUCUCAUCAUCUGUUCAUCGUUUUCUUUGUUGGCCUGGUUCUUCACGGUGUUGGCAAUGUUUUGCGCUUUCAAACCAAUGUGGAUGAUCACGACCCAGAACACUGCAUUAAUAACCUCGAUCACUGGGGAAAAAACGGUACACACUGUGUAAAGCUGCCAAGAUUUGAUUCAACUGGAGCAAUGACAUGGAAGUUCGUUGGUUUCUCCAUGCUUCUGUACACGAUUGAACGUUGUGUGAGGUUUUACAGAUCAAAGCAGCCAGUCCAAGUGACGAAGGUUGUCAAGCAUCCAUCAAACGUCAUUCAGAUUCAAAUGAAGAAAMAAGGCUUUGAAUGUGAAGCAGGCCAGUACAUAUUCAUUCAAUGUCCUAAGAUAUCACAGCUAGAAUGGCAUCCGUUCACUCUGACCAACGCCCCGGAAGAAGAUUAUUUCAGCGUCCACAUAAGAGUUGCAGGGGACUGGACUGCUGCGAUAAAAAAGGAGUUUGCACCUGAUGGGGAAAACAUGAAAAGCCCUGAUGUUUUGCCAAAAAUAACUGUUGAUGGACCAUACGGUACUGCAAGUACUGACAUUUUCAAAUACAAUGUGGUUAUGUGUAUCGGGGCAGGAAUAGGAGUGACUCCAUUUGCAUCGGUCCUUAAAUCAAUAUGGUACCAACAUAAAGAAGGSCGUGAUUCCAUGUGCAUACAAAAGGUGUAUUUCUACUGGAUUUGCAGAGAAAGCUUUGCAUUUGAGUGGUUUUCAGACCUUCUUAAAUAUUUAGAGGCCAAGAUGGAGGGAUUUAGCGAUUUUAUUCAGAUCAACAUUUUUCUAACAAAGUGGAAUCCUGACAUGGCGAACCGCAUUCUGUUAGAAGAACCGACUGCUAUGCAUGAUCCCGUCACUGGUUUGUUCUCAGGAACAAAAUAUGGUCGACCUUGCUGGCCCGAUAUAUUUAACGAAAUAACCGAUGCACACCCGAAUACCAAAGUUGGUGUGUUUUUCUGUGGACCGCCUGGCUUAUCGCGUGACCUUCACAAAGUGUGCGACGAAUCUAACAACGAGGCAAAAGGCGUCAAGUUUUGCUAUAACAAAGAGAACUUUUAAUUCUAAACUUUGACUUCAUAAAGGAAGCCAUUGUAAAAGGUCUUUGUUUAAAGGCUUUUGAACCGUUUUGUAGCUGUCUAGCUAUUUUAAUCGUUCCCUAGCGCAUUUGUAUGGAUCAAGCCUAAUAAGAUGUUCAGCUAUUCAUUUACAUUUUUCCCCAUGACAUCAUAUGUCGUAUAGAGUCGUGCCAAACAACAGACUUCUGAUAACGAAUCAUAAAAUAUUCUCCGAUUAUCACCGGAUACAUCGUUUUAAUCCGGUUAUUUUUUUCUGUACCAAGAGCGUAUUAUAUAUUACACCUCUAGUGAAGCAAUCAAUCAAAAUGAGCUGUAACAGCUAGUUAGACUUUUAUACUAAAUUUCAAAAACUCA